AUGAAGUGCGACAACUUGACAGAACCGAAGCGGAAACAAUUUCUGAUGCCAACUGCCAAACAACUACUACCGUCCUCAUCGUCCAGAAGAGACCCGAACUUGAAGCUUGAAGGCUGUUUCCAUCUCUCGGGGAUACGACGCCUGUUAAGCCCAGACGCGUCGUUCAGGACCCUGCCGAUACCUGCUGCCGCUGCAUCUGGAAAGUCUGCCUGGGGCUCUGAUACUGACCCUCGCAUUACUACUGUCAAGUCUACACCAGUCAUUACAGAUUAUUUCACGGUCACUCGAGUCGAACUUCCUAUCAGGGAUGGCAAACACACUUCCCACGGUAAAAUCAUGAAGCAGAUCGUUGCAAAGUUCAAGGUCAAAAUAGAGGCAUCGACAAAUCAGAGUCGGCGGACUACCUUCCUCAUGAAGGUUGAGACUCACAAAGAGCUUGACAAGGCUAAGCGCAACUUGCUGGCCACUUUGAACCCUACGGUCGCUUUGACUUUGAGUGCCCCCGCGUUCACCAUUCCCGCCAUAAUCGGUCCCAUGGGUGCUACUCUCAACAAGGUUCGCGAGGCUACAGGUGUCAAGGUCGAUAUUCCUCGCAAGGAUGGUAUCCCCAACGGACAUGCAAUCGGAACGACAAACGGAACUACUUACCUGCUCCAGGGCGACGAGGAAGAGGAGGUCAUGGUACCCAUCACUAUCAUCGGCCCGCACCCACUUGUCCUAGAAGCUCAUGCAAUGAUUGAUAAGAUCAUCGCUUCUCGGACUGGAAAGAUUACCCAAAGAGUUCGAGACAUUCCCCCUUAUAUUCUUCCCUUUGUCCUUACUCGUCGCGGCCCCAUCAUCGAGGCAGCGCAAGGUGCCGAUGUUGAUAUCCCUUUGAAUCAAGCUGAGCGGGAGAUUACCGUCACCGGAGAUCACGAGGGCAUCGUUUGGGUCGCCAAGACCAUCACAGCUACCAUCGAAGCAUUCAUGACAAACAUAACCAGUCUCAAGAUUUCUUUGUUCAAGCGCCAGCAUCAUCUUCUUGCUGCAAAUGUUGCUUCCCCCGAGGAUCCUGGCGACGAGGUCAUGGUGUGGAGAAUGACAGACGAUCUUCCUACUAGUUUGGGUGCUGUCAUGGUCAGGGCGAAUUCACAAUUCAUCUACGAGUUCCCUCUACCUGGUCCCCUGACGGUUUCAAAGCAACUCCUCACAUAUAUGACACUUAUCAACUAUGCAAAGACCUUGACUAAUGCCCAUCCUGCUGCCUUGAUCUUUACACCGUCUCCUGCCACCAUUGCCCAAGCUUCAGUUCUCAACAUAGACAUUGUUGAUGAGAAACCUGCGGUGGACGCGUUCAUCCACCGCGUCAUCCAGGGUAAAAUGCUAAGGUGUGCGCAUGAGCUGCGAUAUGGCUCAAGGGUGAAGCUUAUCGAUAUGACUAGAUUAAAACAGUUCCCCGAGGCGCACAAUGUUCAGGUCUUCUUCCCUCUGGAGUCUGCUGAGGAAUCCCAGGUUCUAUUGGGUUACGAUCCCCUUUCUCCUUCGGCGUCGCCCUCGUCUGUGGAGAGAGAGAUGAUGUCGCAAAAGAACUCCUAA